UGUUGAGAACUGCCGAGGAAAGGCGGAAAAGAAGUAGGAGUAAUGAUUCGUCUCGCGGUAAUCUCUCGUCUCCCCUAGUGGCUAGUUCUCAGUUUGUCUCGGUUUAAAAUUCCAAUCAUCACGUCAGCCCCGAAUAAAUCCCGCAAACAGCGUAUUUACAACCGAAAAAAAUAGCAGCCGAUGAAAAAAAAGUUCGACGAGCAUCGCUUCGCGUAAAAAAAACGUGCGAUUCACUGAGACUUCCCGCGUGACAAUUUGAUGCAUUUGAUGAAAUUUCCCUCUCGUUAUAGCAAUCGCCUUUGCUCGCGAUGCGUUGACCCGAGGAUUAUUUUUCACUCACAUCCGGUGGCUUCAUUCUCGGAAGGUUGAAUAAAAAGUGCGGAGGGACAAGAUCACGAGAAAUGGCGGGGACGUAUAAAAAACAAGAGUUCGGCGUGGGUGCGGAGGAGCAAACACUCCUGAAGGACCCCAAUGCAGCACGAAUUGUGACAAAGGGCUCUGAACCUGUCAGGCUAUCACCAGGUUGGGAGGGCACUGGACGACCCGACGACGAACUCAAUUUCAAGGGUGUGACGAUGGAUCAGGCUGAUCUUGAACUUAAUCCCCCCAGGGAUAGACUAAACAUCGUGUAUUUCAUAAUGCUGCUGCACGGUAUAGGUGCGCUGAUGCCUUGGAACAUGUUUAUCACAGCCGAGGGGUACUUCCAGAAGUAUAAACUCUCGGCGAAUUACACUGGAGAUCCAAACAUUACUUACUAUGGAAACAUGUACGUGGGAAGCGUCAGUUUUGCUGCUCAAAUACCUAAUUUAUUAUUCAAUUGGGUCAACGUAUUCAUUCCGCUCAGUGGAAGUAUGACGACGAGAAUCGUGUGGGGACUCACCAUUCAAGCUGUCAUUUUUGUGUUUACGGUCAUUAUGGCUAUGGCUGAUACUUCGGGAUUUCCCAUUGCAUUUUUCUGGAUGACAAUGGUUUCUGUUGUUAUUUUAAAUACUGCAAACGGAAUUUAUCAAAACUCCGUCUUCGGAUUGGGGGCGAAAUUACCCGGGAAAUAUACAGGGGCUAUUGUCCUCGGCUCGAAUAUCAGUGGGACGCUGACAGCAGUCAUCAAUAUUCUCACACAAGUGAUAACACCGAACCUACGCACAGCAGCAAUAUACUAUUUCAUCGCUGCAUUGUUCAUCAUCCUGGCGUGUUUUGACACGUAUUUCGCUCUUCCAAUCAACAGGUUUUAUCGUUAUCACGAGCUCCUGGCGAACAAAGAGAAGAAGAAAGAUGCCAGCCGAAAGGACAGGCCCCCUUAUUUGAAGAUUAUUCGUGAAUGCUCGGUGCAGCUAUUCAACAUAUUCUUUAUAUUCUUCGUGACACUCGCUCUCUUCCCUGCGGUACAUUCAGGCAUCAAGAAGAGUGAUGCAGACUUCAUCGUUCCCAAAGAUCUGUACUCUCCCAUCAUGUGUUUCCUGACGUUCAAUGUGACUGCUAUGAUCGGGAGUUUGUUGGCGCCAAUCGUUAAAUUCCCCAGCAAGAGAUUCCUCAUCUUCCCAGUGGUCCUCAGGGCAUUAUUCAUCCCCCUAUUUUUAUUCUGCAACUACCACGUGGGUGAGGACUUCUCGGUGAGAGCUUUACCUGUUCUGAUACAGAAUGACUGGGUCUACCUGGCCAUUGGUAUUACCAUGGGCCUCAGCAGUGGCUACUUAUCAUCUCUCGGCAUGAUGUAUUGCCCCACAGAGGUUGAUCCACGGCAUGCCUCGACAGCAGGUAUGUUCGCUGCUGCUGCCCUCAUAACAGGCAUCUUCUUCGGUGUACUGUCUUCCAAUGUAAUGCCGUUCAUCGUUAAUAAUAUCACGUGGUAAUGAGUCUAUUGGGAUAAUUAAUGUUAACUCGAGAAAUAUUUAUAGUAUGGUAACAUGAAUUUUUUCCCUCGCGUUGAGAAUUUUAAUAGCAAUCAUUGAGACUUGACACGGAAGAGAGAAAAUAAGGGAGAUAUCUGUUUUACUAUUGAGGAUUUAUUAUUCGUGGGACAUGCACACGUGCAAACAUACAUUGUUGGAUGAUUUUUUCUAUUUUUGUUACUACAGAAUUAUAAGAUGAUUAAAGUGGCGAGUGAGCAGAGCUGGGAAAAACACUAUUUGAAAUCAUACAUCGAAUUUUCCUAAAUUCACUUCAUUUUAUUCGAAAUAUUUUUUUUAAUAAAAACAAAUUUUAACAGAAACGAUAAUUUCAAAAAAACAAAUAAAUAAAUGCUAUUUAAUUGAUCGAAAUCGAAUAGUGCCCAGUUCUGGAAAUAAGAAGUCGAGUCAUGACAUCUUGGUAAUUAUUGAAUUACCUCGAGAAUAAUUCUUUGACAUUUUUCUUUAAAAUUAUUUCUCUUAGAGGUAAUUUUGCUCUCAAUGAGGAUGAUUCUUCAGGGAAAAAAAUCGUUAUGAUUUGAAAAGUGUGUGUGUCUGCGUCGGCUUUGCUCAGUAGUGAUUAUACGCCAUGUUUUUCCUACCAAUUAUGCCUUUGAAUACCGUAUUUUUCGAGUGGCAGAGCAUGGGGUGAAUAACUGCUUGCCAUUUUACAUGCGGUAUGCCCACCCGUUCCAACGUAAGAUCGGACCAAACCGCCUUAAAUAAUUUACAAAAACCAGAGGAAAUGAUACACAAAAAAAACGUUAAACAUGAGUAAUUGAAUGUGAGAGCCGCUUGAAUUGAAGCACAUUCUCAUAGUUGCAGAAACAUUGAAUAUAUUUAGUGAUUAAGAGUUGAUUGAUUGACUAAUUGACGAUAAUUGUAAUUAUUAACUUAAACGACUAGACUUGUUUUCUUCAAACCACCGAUUGUUGUAGCUCCUUUUCUCUUGAGGUUGUUCUUUUUUAUAUGUAUUGUUCGUACUUUUCAGUGCGUUUGUCUUAUUUAAUUUAGAUUUUAUGGGCACUUGUGUGCAACGAGAUAUUAACGAGCAAAAGGCUAAAGGCUAUUGAUUGAUUAACUCAAUCAGUUUAAUAAAGUGGUUUAAAUGAAGUUUUCAUUUUAUUAUCCACAAGUGUAAUAAUGUUUUUAAUGGAUUUUUGUGUAUUCACUGUAUACUUUUACUAACAGAUCUCUGUUAAAUUCAUUGACGUACAAAAAACUGCUCUAAUUAACGCGAGAGUCUCACCAAAAAGCUCUGCGAUGUGUUAAUGUUUUUACAAUCCUGAUUAUUCUAUUUUUACACCAUUAGCACAUUCACUCGAUAUCUCUGUGAAUAAAUGAAAAAAAAUAUCUUAUCGUUUGAUAUUCUCACGUCAUCGCAAUCCUCCGUCUCAAUUGUAAAUCUCAUACCCACAGAUUCGAGUAAAACUAUAUUAAACUUCACGAAUUUCUCCUUUUCACUAGAUAAACUAAUUAAACAUAAAGAAAAAACCUCUUUAAACUCGUCUUCGCAUUAUCCGAAUUGCUAGAAUGAUAUGAAUAAAUAAGUGGACAAUCCUCGUAUGAAGCAAUGCCGACAAUAAUCAAUAAAUUCAAGGGAUUUUACUGAAUUGAAUGAAACAAAAAAUUUAAAAAAUCGUUGAUCCUGAGGUGAAUAGAAUAGAUGGGAUAUUUUUGUAUUUGAUAAAAACAUUUGAGGUAACGCGUUCAGUUUCGAGAGGUUCAUUUCCCAUGCAUAUCACAAUUAACAUUGCAAUGUAUUUUACAUUGACUAUUGAACUACAGUAAAACAAUGUUUUCAAUAGAAUUGUAAUUUUUAAAAAAUUACGUAAGACUUUAAUUUUUUUAUUACGAAUUUAUACAUGACUUUUACCAAUGGACAUUACUGUUUUUAAUUGAAAACGCUCAUUUGUCCAAACGUUGAGAAGAAUAUAAAACCUAUAGUAUUUAAUAUUAACGACUAAUGAAGCAUUGAAUAAGUAAAAUAAGCAACAUGACAGGAAUAAUCGUGUAAUUCGAUGAAAAAAAAAUCACAUACAGGUCAUAGAGAUAGUCUUGUUGAAGUAUAUAGUAUCUAAUCCUAGAGCGAUUAAUAAACGAGAAGAAAAAAUGAUAAACCCGUUGACAUCAUCACCCUGUAUUGUGAAACCAUGAAAUAAACUCCAGUUUUUAGAAAAUA